CCUCCACUACAAAACCACCACACAGCUCUCACCCAAGCUGAUAAUCAUUUCCUUCUUCUCGUCGUGAUAACAGAGGUUGCGCCGCCAUUGAUAUCGGCAGAAAACUCCGGUUCUAAUUCGAGGACGGUGGAGAGAGGAUGAGCAUGAAGGUUCCGGCGACGAGGACCCGUGUCGGGAGAUACGAAAUCGGUAAAACCUUGGGUGAGGGGAGCUUCGCCAAGGUCAAGUACGCUCGCAACUCCGACACCGGCGAUAGCGUCGCCAUCAAGGUGCUCGACCGCGAUCAUGUUCUCCGGCACAAGAUGGUGGAACAGAUAAAAAGAGAGAUAUCGACAAUGAAGCUGAUUAAGCAUCCGAAUGUUGUGACGAUCUUCGAGGUUAUGGCGAGCAAAACAAAGAUCUACAUUGUCGUUGAGUUUGUUGAUGGAGGAGAGCUCUUUGACAGAAUUGCCAAGAAUGGGAGACUUAAAGAGGAUGAAGCCAGGAGAUACUUCCAGCAGCUCAUUAAUGCUGUAGAUUAUUGCCACAGUAGAGGCGUGUACCAUAGAGAUUUGAAGCCCGAGAAUUUACUUCUGGAUUCAUACGGUGUUCUUAAAAUAUCAGACUUUGGAUUGAGUGCCCUUUCACAGCAAGUGAGGGAAGAUGGGCUGUUUCACACUGCCUGUGGGACGCCAAAUUAUGUUGCUCCUGAGGUUCUCAAUAAUAAAGGAUAUGAUGGUGCAUCAGCUGAUAUAUGGUCUUGUGGGGUCAUUCUAUUUGUACUUCUGGCUGGGUACUUGCCUUUUGAUGAAGUAAGCCUCAUGGCUUUGUAUAAAAAGAUCUGCAAGGCUGAUUUCUCAUGUCCAUCAUGGUUAUCACCUGGUGCAAAGAAGCUGAUAAACCGUAUUCUUGAUCCCAAUCCUGUAACUCGGAUAACAAUUCCUGAAAUCUUGGAAGAUGGAUGGUUCAAGAAAGGGUACCAGCCAACAUGUUUUCAGCAGGAAGAGGAUGUGAAUGUUGAUGAUGUGGAUGCUGCUUUCAAUAAUUCAGAGGAAAAUCUUGUGACAGAAAGGAAAGAAAAACCUGUCUCCAUGAAUGCCUUCGAGCUUAUUUCUAGGUCUCAGAGUUUCAAUCUUGAAAACUUGUUCGGGAAGCAGGUGGGUCUUGUGAAGCGAGAGACAAGUUUCACUUCCCAGCGCCCUGCCCAUGAGAUUAUGUCUAAAAUUGAGGAAACUGCAAAGCCUCUAGGUUUCAAUGUUCGCAAGCAAAACUACAAGAUGAAGUUGCAAGGUGACAAAACUGGACGGAAGGGUCAUCUCUCUGUAGCUACUGAGGUGUUUGAGGUGGCUCCCUCCUUGCACAUGGUGGAGCUUCGGAAAACUGGUGGUGACACACUGGAGUUCCACAAGUUCUACAAAAGCUUCUCUUCAGGAUUAAAAGAUAUAGUCUGGAAAUCAGAAGCGAAUACUGAAGAAUUGAGGUCAUAGCAGAAGCCACUUCUGUUGGGUUCUUAGGCCCUCGCCCAUUUGUAUCCAAGAAUUAUACAAUGUACAGUGCUUCGUAGAAAGAAUUCAUGGAUGCAGGAAGAUAACAGCAAUCAUGCAUUAUGGCGUGGUUUGAUUUGGUAUUAGAGCAGAGAGCUGGAUAAUUUAAACUCCUUGCAAUUGCGGCUUGUUUUCUUUUCCUUCUUUCCUCAUUUUAGUUGUCUCAAAGUCGAUCCAUUGAGUUUUAGAACAGGUUGCAGUGCAUGAGAUGUGAGAAUAUCCUGCAUGUGCUCCUAGAAUGGAAGAUGACAUUUUGUUUUGAAGCCAUCUUGUUUGACUUUUAUGAUUAAUAUUGUAUUUUGAUCUUAACUGUGCAAA